AUGCCCAUCCAGAAUCACAUCACCAUCAUGCCCAUCCAGAAUCUCAUCACCAUCAUGCCCAUCCAGAAUCUCAUCACCAUCAUGCCCAUUCAGAAUAUCAUCACCACCAUGCCCAUCCAGAUUCGCAUCACCAUCAUGCCCAUCCAGAAUCGCAUCACCAUCAUGCCCAUCGAGAUUUCCAACACCACCAUGCCCAUCCAGAAUCUCACCACCAUCAAGCUCAUCAAGAAUCCCAACAUCAUCAUGCCCAUUCAGAAUCGCAUCACCAUCACGCUCAUCCAGAAUCUCAUCAUCAUCACUCCCACCCAGAAUCACAUCACCAUCAUGCACAUCCAGAUUGUCAUCAUCAUCACUCCCAUCCAGAAUCAAUCACAUCACCAUCACGGCCAUCCAGAAUCACAUCACCAUCAUACCCAUCCAGAAUCUCAUCAUCAUCACUCCCAUCCAGAAUCUCAUCAUCAUCACUCCCAUUCAGAAUCACAUAACCAUCACUCCCAUUCAGAAUCUCAUCACAGGCACACCCAACCAGAAUCUCAACACAGUCACACCCAUUCAGAAUCUCAUCACCAUCAUGCCCAUCCAGAAUCUCAACAAUGUCAUGUCCAUUCAGAAUCCCAUCACCAUCAUGCCCAUCCAGAAUCUCAUCACCAUCAUUCCCUUUCAGAAUCUCAUCACCAUCACGCUCAUUCAGAAUCUCAUCACCAUCAUGCCCAACCAAAAUCCCUUCACCAUCAUGCCCAUUCAGAAUCCAAUAAUAAUCAUGCCCAUUCAGAAUCCAAUAGCCAUCACCAUUCAGAAUCCCAUAACCAUCCUGCCCAUCCAGAAUCUCAACACCGUCAUUCUCAAUCAGAAUCACAACAUCAUCAUGCCCAGCCAGAAUCACAACACCAUCAAGUACAUUCAGAUUCUCAACACCAUUCAUCAUCACAUCACCAUCAUUCAUCAUCACAUCAACACCAUGAAGCUCAUCGUAGCCCAUCACCACACCAUAACUCUCUUCUUUCAGAUUCCCAACAUCGCUCCCCUUCUCCAUCACAUUACCAUCAUGAAUCUUAUCACAGUCCAACACAUUCUUCUAAACCAGGAACUCACCAUAAUCCAGAAGCUCACCGCUAUCCUUCUAAUGCAGAAUCACAUCACCAUCAUCAUCCUCCUUUGCCACCACAUCACCACCAUGGAAGUCACCACACUUCAUCUUCACACCAUCAUUCCAACCAUUCAGAAACUUCCCACCACCAUUCCAAUUUAAAAUCUCAUCAAUAUUCUCCUCCUCCUGCUCUCCACCACCAUGGGGAACACCAUAGUAGUGCAUCUAAUCUUUCCACUGACUCAGAAACACACCAUCAAUUUUCUGUGAAAUCUCAACAGCAUCAUUCUGACUAUGAGUCCUCUCAUCCCAAGUCUCACCAGCACCAUCACCAUCAUCAUUCCUAUCCUAAUCACUCAUUCAACCCUGAUAAUUCCCAUCACACCUCAGUUUCAGAACCAGAGCACCACAAUUUCCAUGAUCAUUCACACUCUGAAACUCACCAAUACUCUCAUUCACAUGAUGCAUCCUCUACAGCUGAACACCAUUAUCAUUCUUCUCACACUGAGGCUCACCACAGUCCUCAUCCACAUCACUUGUCUGACAGUCAUCCAAAAAGUCCUGUACACUCUAAUUCACCCCAUCAUUAUGAAAAUCCUCCUAACUCAUAUUCAGAGUCCCAAAAUUACAGCACAACACAUUCUAAAGGACAACUUUCUAAUUUGGAAUUCCACCACAGUGACCACAAUUCUAUAGAACCUCAUCCUAACCAUUUCCACUCAGGAAUUCAUGAUAAUUCCCCUGUUGAAUCAGAUCAUUACCAUAAGCACAAGUCUGAAGAUUCCCACAAUUUUGCUCAUUCAAAUAUCCAUCACCAUUCCAAUCCAGAGACUAAUCAUCCUCAACAUCAUGAGCAUUCUGAAUCUCAUCAUCAUUCCCAACCAGAAUCCCACCAUCAUCAUUCCCAAGAUCACCAUUAUCACCAUGACCACCCAGAAUCACAAAAUCAGCAUUCCCAAAUUGGACAUCACCACUUUCAUUCUGAAUCAAACCAUUAUCAAUCCCACUUCAAAGAGGAUGAUCACACUAGCCAUCUUCGCCACUCUCCAGUUGGUCAACGGUCUACAUCACCACUUUCUAACAAGUCAGAUUCAUCUGCUAGCUCCACUAUACAGGACGAUCAAUCCACCGUGAGCUACCAAGAGUCAUCCUCAUUCCCAAAGGAAAAGGAUUCAGAAUUGGAAAGGUUAAUGAUGUUACAGGAGCAGAAUGAGGCUCUACACCACAGUUUGCUGAAGACCACUCUGCGAAUGGAAUGUAUGGGAGCUGAGUUCAAAACGGGUCACCAGCUCCUUGAAUCUGAGUUACAAAGAACUCGAAUAGAGCUUAGCAGUUUACUGGAGCGCUUCACAAGACUUCAAGACAACUACUCCUGCACAAAACAAACCAACCACCUUCUGGAGAAAAAACUGCAUUGUGUGGCUCAAAGUAUGGAUGGAGAGCGAGAGCUACUGAAUGAGCGGAUCUCAGAGCUCACAGACCAACUGUCUGCAGCAAAGACAACCAUCCAAAGUCUAGAGACCAUUAAUGUGACAUCAAUGCUACAGGAUGCCCUGGUAAAACAUUUGAAGUCUGAUGAUUCUAUCACUCCACUUCCAGUCGCACCACCUCCAGCUCAGUUCAUGGAUAGUAAUCAUUAUGACAAAGUCUCCAUGCAUGCCGAUGACCAAUCGCUGGGAACCCUCCCAGAGGAGGAGGAAUCUGAUUGGUCAGAAAUGGGAGAGGAGGCACAAAACUGCAUCCCAAGAGGUUCACAUGGAAGUCAUGAAAAUGCAACAUAUUUCCAAUGGCAGCAAAGCCAAGGAGGUUGGGAGGGGGUGAACCAAUAUUCGAAGGGAAUCAUAGAUACAGAGAGCGAAUCUGGGGGUGAGGAAAGCAAAUGUCAUCAAGCUCACCAUGGCCUACAGAUACCGCAUCUCAAGUUCACUGUUCACCCUGAAACCCUACCGAUUCCUAUUGAAGAUGUCAGCCUGGCUCGCUUUAAGCAGAGUCCUGAUGGACCAGUAUGCGAUGGCUACCAGAUCACAGAGGUACGUAACUUGGGAUCUCCCAUUCGUGUGCUCUCCGCUAGCCUGGAAGAGAUCCAUUCCAUUGGGCUUCUGAAGCAGCAGCAGGAUCAUCACAGCCAUCUGAGGAGCAAUAAAUCCAUGAUGGACCUCCAUCAAUCACAAGCCGGCACCAGACAAGUGUCAUACGCGGAUGAGAUUGUAUGUAAUUGGAGAGAAGCAAACAGCCAUGCUGCUGGAGAGGAUAGAAAUGGGUUGGUUGGUCUGGAGUCUGCUCAAAAAAUGCUCAACCACUUUAUUCAUGAUGGGGAAAGUACACACUUGUGAUUAAAAGGACAUUUUAGAAUGUUUACUAUAUGUUGAUUAUUAUUAAAUAUUAGUGGUGGUAAAUAUUUUAGGUUACUGUAUAUAAAAUAGUAUAUCUUAAAAUCGUGCUCAUAGUUAAUGUAGCAGUUUAAUGCUGGUUGAUAUUUAUUAAGAAAAAAAAUAGAUUUGAAAAAGAAGCAUUAGCAAUGGUAUAUGCCAAGAUAGUUUAACUUGGCUUUCAGCCUUGCUUCCCAGCAAACAGAGGCUCCAAUAAAUAUGAGGAUCAGCUGUACGCUCACAAUUUAGGACUUCUUGUGCUCUGUUCACGUUCUAAUUAAUUCCCAGUGGAUAAAAUGAAGCCCCUAUCUUUUCCCUUGUA